AUGAAGUCCGAUCUGGUCCUUGACCGCAGCCGGUGGCAACCCCAAUUCGUCACCAAAAGUACAGAGGGGCUGUGUGAUUUAGUUCGCAAAGGCGAUGAGAAGUCCGCUCCAAUCUUUCUGCCAUCUCGCGAUCCCGGACGCAUGAUCAAUUGCCGGGCGAUUGACCCGAACAAUGUACCCUCUCCUAAAGGGAUCUUUCUCCACUUCCAUGGCGGAGGUCUACGCAGCAUCGACGCUUUACUACUCCGAUACGCAAACUCCUCUGAGUGCAAGGUGGUGUCUGUGGGCUACCGCCUAGCACCCGAAAAUCCCUACCCUAGCGGCGUACAAGACUGCUUCGAUGUCGCCGACUACUUUGUCGAGAACGGCCCUCCACUGCGAGUCCUCGGCGGCGAGUCAGCUGGAGCCUUCCUGGCAAUGCAAACGAUCUUCCAUCUCCUCGGCACAAAACCCCAGCUCAACACGGUGAAGGCACUCGUCCUCGCCUACGGCUGCUACUCCUGGUCUUUCUUACCGCUGGCUUAUAAUAUAACCGACUCUGUAUGCAUGAAUCCGAAGAAGUUGAACGUUUUCCGCAACCUCGCCCUAACGACACACCCGACACUGACCGCGUCCCUUCGCAACUUUGACGCUGAAUUCGGCGCCCUCCAGACUGCGGAGCCGGAGAUAUACGAUUCACCUUUGAAACACCCAGUGUUUUCACCUCUUUACCGUCGCUUCGAGUCGGUCGGCGCGCGGCUCCCCCCUGCACUGUUCGUGGUCGGCACGGCAGACCCGCUUGCCGACGACACCAUCCUUAUGUCAGCCCAUUGGCAGCUGGCGCAGGGCUCGGCCGUCACGCGGUUUCUGGCAGGCGCGCCGCAUGCAUUUGCGGAGAUGCCUAUGGAGGCGGGAGAUUGCUGCGUGACAUACAAUGAUCUGGUGAAGGAAUUCCUGUACGAGGUUAUACGCCAGUAG